UAGUGGCAGCACCGGUGUCUGGCCAGUUAUCCCAGUAGAGAGUCUGGCACUCGCUCGGUAGAGAUGCUGCGCAACGGAGCCGCUGGUGCCGCCCCCCCGGCCAACCACUCCGGCCGGCCCGUCCGCGUCUGGUGUGAUGGAUGCUAUGACAUGGUGCAUUAUGGGCACUCCAACCAGCUGCGACAAGCUCGUGCAAUGGGAGACUAUCUGAUUGUGGGAGUCCACACAGAUGAGGAGAUCUCGAAACAUAAAGGUCCCCCUGUCUUCACUCAAGAGGAGAGAUACAAAAUGGUGAAGGCCAUCAAGUGGGUGGAUGAGAUUGUACCAGGAGCUCCUUAUGUCACAACACUGGAAACUCUGGAUAAAUACAAUUGUGACUUUUGUGUGCAUGGAGAUGACAUCACACUUACUGCAGAUGGCAGGGACACCUAUGAGGAAGUAAAGAAUGCUGGGAGAUACAGGGAAUGUAAACGCACUCAGGGAGUGUCCACCACAGAUCUGGUUGGCCGUAUGCUGCUCAUGACCAAGGCCCACCACAGCAACAUUGUUGAAGACAUGGAUUAUCGGAGGCAUGCAGAUAACCUUGGGAAAUGCCCCAGAGGUCACAGCCCCUGGACAGGAGUUUCCCAGUUCCUGCAAACAUCCCAGAAGAUCAUCCAGUUUGCAUCGGGCAAGGAGCCUCAACCAGGAGAUACCAUAAUCUACGUGGCUGGUGCCUUUGACCUUUUUCAUGUUGGUCAUGUGGAUUUCCUGGGAAAAGUGCAUCAGAUGGCAAAGCGACCUUAUAUAAUUGUAGGGCUGCACUUCGAUCAAGAAGUAAAUCUGUACAAAGGCAAGAACUAUCCCAUAAUGAAUGUGCAUGAGCGAACCCUCAGUGUCCUGGCCUGCAGGUAUGUUUCUGAAGUGGUGAUUGGCGCUCCCUAUGCAGUCACCUCUGAUCUACUGGAUCAUUUUAAGGUGGAUCUUGUAUGCCAUGGAAUGACUGAGGUAGUUCCAGAUAAGGAUGGCUCAGACCCAUAUGAGGAACCCAAGAGGCGUGGUAUCUUCCGGUUGGUGGACAGUGGCAACAAUCUCACCACUGAUCUGAUAGUGAAAAGAAUAAUUAAGAACAGGCUAGAGUUUGAAGCCCGGAACCAGAAGAAAGAAGCUAAGGAGCUGGCUGUGCUGGAAGCCAUGAAAAGAAAAGAGGAAGAAGCAGCCCAGGAAAAAGCAGGCCUAAAUAGCCAAGACGACCACAAGAGCUAGCAUGGGGAAGAAUGCAGCAGAAUCCUCACCUCCUGAGGUUGCAAGAUUUCCCCGGGGGAUAGGAUACUGCUGCUAACCUCAGCAAGGCCGAUGGUCACCAUUUUCCUGGCUUCAAGUACACCAACGGAGUGUGCGGAAGAUCCAGGAUGCUGCUACCUAGUUCGCCCAGGCCCACUCCCAUGGGAAGAUUUUAACAUUCUCCUCCCAAUAACUCGUUUCAGUUCCAAUGAAUACUUGUAACACUAUGUGGUUUUACCUUCUGGCAGUUUGACCUGCUGGAACUGAGGCCUGGGGAUAGUCUCUGCUCAUCAUCUUCUGAAAUCUAAACAUUUCAGAACAUCCCUCUGGUUUCUCCUUGCCAGAGACUAUUUCCUGAUCUUUAAGGCUGUCCUUUCUGGCGUGGCUUGUUGCCUGCACUAUGCCCCUGAGGGCUUUCCCUUUUUCUCAGAGGAAGGCUGCAGCCAGGCUGGCCACUCUGUUCCCCAGCUGGGCACAAGAGAAAAAGAGACCCGGUCCAUAGCUGCUUACACUGCCUUGCAUCUGGUGCGUUCAAAGCCAUCCCAAGCUGGAUGGAGCUUAGUGGGUCGCUGGCUUCCCUAAUGACAGGCACUUUCCUCACUACUCUGCCCGGACCUGUCUGUUUCAGCCCAUGGCUAAACAAGAGAUCAGGAGCUGCCACAUUAAAUGUUCCCACAGCACAAAUCUAUUGUGCAAAUCUGUAGAAAUCUCACCAUGGCUGGAGUUGCUUUCUCAAGCCCCCAGCACACUGCUUUACAACUCGGGCUUCACUCUUCUCCAUGCUGGCCCUGCGGUUCUUGUAUAGAGGGACUGAGACAUCAGAUACCUGAGCUGAGCACACUGUCCAUUGUAUUUAAAUGUUUUAAACUGCUGAAGGUGGAUACUUUGUAGUGACGCUCAGGUGCAGAUCACGUGUCUGAGGCUGUUUACACAUGGGAGCCAUGCAUGAGGGUGGGGCUCUUUUCUAUCUUUCUUGUACAUUUUCAGCCAUAGAAAUCAAUAAAAUGUCAAUGACUUGU